GUAUUGAUCUCUGCUGUCGCUCUCUGUCUUUCAGCCAAUGGAGAUGGCAGACGGAGACAUCCAGUUUCGUCCGAGGACAGGUAAAGCAGCAUCUGCUUCCCUGCUGCCGGAGGUGGAGGCUUACCUGCAGCUGCUGCUGGUGGUUCAUCUGACCAAUAACAAGAGAUACAUGGAGGCUCAGAAAGCGUCGGACGACCUGCUACAGAAGAUCGGCUCGAAGAACCGCAGAGCACUGGAUCUGGUCGCUGCUAAGUGUUAUUAUUAUCACGCCAGAGUUUAUGAGUUCCUCAAGCAGUUUGACACCAUACGCAGUUUCCUCCACACUCGCCUGCGGACGGCGACUCUGCGUCACGACGCUGACGGUCAGGCCGUUCUCCUCAACCUGCUGCUGAGGAACUACCUGCACUUCAACCUGUACGACCAGGCCGAGAAACUCGUGUCCAAGUCUGUGUUUCCUGAACUCGCCAACAACAACGAGUGGGCCCGAUACCUGUACUACACAGGUCGUAUUAAGGCGAUUCAGUUGGAAUACUCGGAGGCUCGCAGGACUUUGACCAACGCUCUAAGGAAAGCUCCACAACACACAGCAGUGGGAUUCAAACAGACGGUCCAUAAGCUGCUGAUCGUAGUGGAGCUGCUGUUGGGAGAGAUUCCUGACAGACUUCAGUUCAGACAACCUUCACUCAAGAGAUCCCUGAUGCCGUACUUCCUGCUCACACAGGCUGUGAGAACAGGUAACCUGGCGAAGUUUAACCAGGUGUUGGAUCAGUUUGGAGAGAAGUUUCAGACGGACGGGACGUACACACUCAUCAUCCGCCUGAGACACAACGUCAUUAAGACCGGUGUACGUAUGAUCAGCCUGUCGUACUCUCGUAUCUCUCUGGCCGACAUUGCUCUGAAGCUGCAGCUCGACAGUCCCGAGGACGCAGAGUUCAUUGUCGCCAAGGCGAUCCGUGAUGGAGUGAUCGAGGCGAGCAUCAACCACGAGAAAGGUUUUGUCCAAUCAAAAGAGACCAUGGACAUCUACGGCACCAGAGAGCCUCAGCUGGCAUUUCACCAGAGAAUCUCCUUCUGUCUGGAUAUACACAACAUGUCUGUGAAGGCCAUGAGAUUUCCUCCCAAAGCUUACAACAAAGACCUGGAGUCAGCCGAGGAGCGUCGGGAACGUGAGCAGCAGGAUCUGGAGUUUGCAAAAGAAAUGGCUGAGGACGAUGACGACAGUUUCCCGUGACCUCGUUGAGCGGACUUCCUGUGCAGACAGGAAGAAUUUGUGUGUGUUAGCGGCACACAUGUUAGUAGAUCAUUUAUUACCCACAAUGCCCCUCUCCUGUCAUUUCUCUGUGGUGUGUAUUCUGCUGUAAUGCUUGAACUUUAACCUUUUUUUCUCUCACUGAGAUGAAUAAAAGAAACUUGGUUUUCACCUGA